GCGGUGAUGGAUUCUGCGCAGGCGCGGCUCCUCCGAGACUCGCCUCCAGUUAUUAGUUUUGAAGAAGCAGAAGCAGAAGAAGUGACACCAUGAACGAAUCUGUCCGACAGCAGCGGGCUGCAGGCGUGUGUUUGGAGGACAAAAUGCAGAUGAAACGCCUCCAUCCGCCGCAGGAUGUCGUUCUGAAGCAAGCCGCCGUGUUGCCUGCAGAUGUCCAGGAGGUGUUGGUGAUUAAAGAAGAGGUUCCCUGGAGCCCCAGUCUGGACCAAGAAGAGGAGUUCUUCCACGAACAGGAGGAACAGCAGGAACAGGAGGAACACGAGGAACAGGAGGAACUGUGGGUCAGUCAGGAGGAAGAGCAGCUUAAUGGGCAGCAGGACACUGAUUUCACCAUGUUUACAUUCACUGGUGUACCUGUGAAGAAUGAAUGGGAUGAAGAGAAGCCUCAGUCUUCACAUUUUCAUCAGAACCUAAUUGAAAACACCAGGGAGGCAACCAGCAGCCCAACUAAAUGGAUAAAAACUGAAAUGGAUGAAGAGGACUAUGGAGGACCAGAAACAGCCUGGAACCCAGAUCCAAAUUAUCAUGUUCAACCAACCGUAGAUGAAAACGCUUCAGACACUUCUGACACAGAUGACAGUGAUGAUGAUGAUGAUGAUGAUGGUGGUGGUCACUGGCAAGAGCCUCUGUCAGAUUGCGUACCUGAACCUAAUGACGCCAGGGCAACUGAGUCAGGUGUAAAUAGUGAAAAUGUAGAUUCACAUGUGAGAGUCCACAUAGUAAAACCAUUUGGUUGUGACAUUUGUGGAAAAAGAUUUACAUACCCGCAAAAUCUGAAGACACACAUGAGAAUCCACACCGGAGAGAAACCAUUUGUUUGCCCUAUUUGUGGUAAAAGAUCCAGGCAUCAGAAUAAUAUUAAGACGCACAUGAGAACCCACACCGGAGAGAAACCAUAUGUGUGUGACAUUUGUGGUAAAAGAUCUCGGCAUCAAAAUAAUCUUAAAGUGCAUAUGAUGACCCACACGGGAGAGAAACCGUUUGGUUGUGAUAACUGCGGCAGAAGAUUCGGCCGAAAAUCGCAUCUUCGAACACACAUGAUAGUCCACACAGGAGAGAAACCGUAUAGCUGUGGCAUCUGCGGUAAAAGAUUCAACCGUAAAUCACAUCUUGCCACACACAUGAUAGUCCAUUCAGGAGAGAAACCGUACAGCUGUGAUGUGUGCGGUAGACGAUUUAACCGCAAAACACAUCUGGAGACACACAGCACAGUUCACACAGGAGAGAAACCGUUUAGUUGUGCUGUUUGUGGUCAAGGAUUUACCCAACAGGGGAGCUUAAACAGACACAUGAGGUUCCACCUUGGGUAGAAAUCCAAAUUACAGCUGUUAAAAACAUUAAGUUUGGUUGAAAAAAAAACACAACAGAAGCUCCACGUUACUUGGAGCUCUAUUUUUGUUAUUGCCUUGUUUAGACUUUAUUUAGAAUUGUUGACUCUGUAUAUUACAAAUUAGAAGUAAUAACAGCCAGUCAAUAGGGGGCGCACAUGCAGCAUCUCACCAGCUACAAAGCUCAUUUCAAAGUCAGCAAAGUUUGACUAUAAAAUUAGUCUUUUACGUAUUUAUUUUUGCUAAUGUGCCAUGCACACUUUUUUAACCCUAAUUUCUCCUAAUGCUAAUACUAACAAAUGGCUACAGAAACAGUGCUCUACAAUCAGCACAACACCAAGAACCACAAGUGACAAAACACUAGUGAGACAAGAUCUUUUUGCCACUUUAUUCCACUUUUUUAGGAAAUAAAAUAAUGAUUUACAAGUAUUGCACACCAAUAAGUCACAACUUCAAAACCGCCUGCCUAAUAUUGUGUAGCUGGAGUCCAAUAAAGGCAUCCAGUGGCAUCAGACACCAAGCUGCUAAUGAAUUCCACAAGUGCUCGGUUGGAUUGCGAUUUGGGGAAUGUAGAGGCCAAGUCAACACCCUGAACUCCUAAUUAUCUCCCUGAACAAUGCUAGCAGUGUGGCAGGAAGUAUAACCCUGCUGAAAGUUCGGCAACAAUCCCUAGAUAGGCGUCAAAGUAAUGUGUGCAUGAAUACAUGACCAAAAGUUCCAAUCGGAGCAUUGUGUUAUAAUGACAUCCUCAGUCAGUGGUUUUAAUGUUGUGGCUGUUGUGUUUUCUCAAAAUCGUUGCAAUACUUAGAGCCUCAGUUUUGUUAGCUUGAAGCAAUAAUUUCCUAAAUGACCACCAGCAAACCUAGUAGAGCACUUACCUGUACCAAUUGAGAGCACAUUGACUAAUUUAAAAAUAUUUAGUAUUUUGUGUAAGAAGUUGACUCUUUAAAUAAGUUAGGCACAUCAGAGUCAGUUUGAGGCGUCAGGUAGCAGCUGUGGGCGUUGCACUUUAAGUUGUUUCUACAUUGGGUAUCGCCUUAAGUCUACGUUGUUUUGGACCAAGUCCUGAUGCCACUUUCUAUACGCACUUUUGUUUUUUGUUGUAAAAGUUGUUGCCUUUUUGUCGUCAAAAACUUUUUGUUAUUAAUUUUAUAAAAACAGAAUGUACGCUACCAUUCAAAAGUUUGGGGUCACCCAGAAUAUGUCAUGGUUUCCGAUGAAAACUCUCACUUUUAUCCAUGAGCUAACAUAACUGCACAAGGGUUUUCUAAUUAUCAAUGAGCCUUUCAUCACCAUUAGCUAACACAAUGCAGCAUUAGAACACAGGAGUGAUGGUUGCUGGAAAUGUUCCUCUGUACACCUAUGGAGAUAUUUAAUUAAAAAUCAGCCGUUUGCAGCUAGAACAGUCAUUUACCACAUUAACAAUGUCUACACUUGAUUUAUCAUUCAUUUAAUGUUAUCUUCGCUGAAAAAAUGCUUUUCUUUCAAAAGUAAGGACAUUUCUAAGUGACUGUAAACUUUUAAAUAGUAGUGUACAUGUUCAUGAAAAAAUGGUAUCGAGUGGACAUUCAGCAUAAUUGUUGAAUUUAAUCAUUUUUGUUUAAAUAAACUUUAAGUAUAUGCAAAGUA